AUGGGUAAAUAUCAAGCUAUCUUUAGUGCAAUACUUAGUCGAAUGUUGGGAAGAUUGUGGGGUGAAAAAGAAGUGCGAAUACUUAUUUUAGGUUUAGACGGCGCUGGUAAAACAACAAUACUAUAUCGGCUGCAGAUUGGGGAAGUUGUGACAACUAUUCCGACUAUUGGAUUUAAUGUAGAAACUGUAACAUAUAAAAAUAUUAAAUUUCAAGGUCAAACAAGUAUAAGACCCUAUUGGCGGUGUUAUUAUGCAAACACCGAUGCUGUCAUAUACGUAGUAGAUUCUGUAGAUCGUGAUCGUAUGGGCACUUCAAAAGAGGAACUUCACGCAAUGCUUGAUGAAGAAGAAUUACGUGAUGCCGCAUUAUUAGUUUUUGCCAAUAAACAAGAUAUGGGGGGAGCGAUGACUGCAGCUCAAGUGUCAGAUGCGCUAGGUUUAGGUACAUUAAAAAAUAGACAAUGGAGUAUUUAUAAAACAAGUGCUGUAAAAGGUGAUGGUCUAACAGAAGGAUUGGAUUGGUGA